CGUCGAAUGCACCGAGCUGCGGCGCAGACGGAAAGGAAUCGGCUCGGUUUGCUCGUUUGCUCGUUUGCUUUUUCCCACCUUGAAACGAAUUCAAUUUCGUCGCUCCGCUCCGAUGGCUUGAGGGGCCGCUCGUGGAAAUCUUCCCCGUUUGUAUGGACGUCAGAGUCGCCGUGGAGAGGAUGUCCGCGUUGUAACGGAGCUUGCGAGGAUGACAAAGACAAUAGGAUCCCGAGACUGGCGACGGCAGGCUCUUUUGUGGCAUUUUCUCUUGUGGACUACAGCGGCUGCGCAGACUCGUUACAGCAUCCCGGAGGAGCUCAAGCGAGGUUCGGCGGUGGGCAACGUGGCCAAAGAUCUGGCUCUGGGACUGUCUGAGAUAUUUGAGCGCAAGCUGCGUGUCGCCUCUGAGGCUGGGAAGCAGUAUUUCAGCGUGGAUGCGGGGAAGGGCGAGCUGCUGGUCAGCGACAGAAUAGACAGAGAGGCUUUAUGCGGACAAAGCGCCAGCUGCGUGCUCCCGCUGCAGGUCGUCGUCGAAAAUCCGCUGCACUUGCAUCGAAUCGAAGUCGACAUUCAGGACGUCAAUGACAAUGCUCCUCGUUUUCUCAAAAGUGAACAUGUCAUUGAAAUAGCCGAAUCCACCGUUGUAGGUGUCAAUUUUCCUCUGCAGAGUGCAGAGGAUCCUGAUGUCGGGACGAACACAGUCAAGACGUAUACACUCAGCAAAGACGAAUGUUUUACAUUAAAGGUUAAAGACGUUGACGAUGGAAGAAAAAUGCCCGAACUGGUGUUAAAUAAAUCAUUAGAUCGUGAGAAAAAAGCUGUUCAUAAUUUAAUUCUGACAGCUAUGGAUGGUGGCAACCCUGUUAAGUCGGGAACCUCAAAAAUUCGAAUCAAAGUUCUUGACGUUAAUGACAAUGUUCCAUCAUUUGAAAAUAAAUUAUAUAAAAUAGCCGUGCAAGAAAACAGCCCAAAUGGCUCUUUUGUCAUGACAAUGAAGGCGACAGACGUAGACGAUGGGCCAAAUGGCGAAAUCGAGUAUUCUCUCGGCAUACACGCACCGCCGUCCGUGCUGGCAUUGUUUCAUAUCGACCCCGUAAGUGGAGAUAUAUUAUUAAAAAAUAAUUUGGACCACGAACAGCAGUCCUCCUAUCGACUUGACAUUAGUGCCAAAGAUAAAGGCUUACCGAAAAUGGAAGGUCAUUGCAGCGUGCAAGUUGAUGUGUUAGAUGUAAACGAUAAUGCGCCAGAAAUUUUAUUAACUUCUAAACCUAGUUCGAUACCAGAGGACGCUACAGUUGGGACAGUUGUAGCUUUGCUGUCUGUACGUGACCCCGACUCUGGCAAAAACGGUGAAGUGACUCUGCAUCUUCCCAAAAAAUUACCUUUUCUUCUGAAACCGUCUUUUUCGAAUAAUUACGCGCUGGUCACCAGCGGCGCUUUAGACCGGGAGAGAGUGUCCGAGUACGAGAUCGAGGUCACGGCCACCGAUUCGGGCUCUCCUCCUCUCUCGAGUCGCAGAAGCGUCGCCGUCAGCGUCGGCGACGUCAACGACAACCCUCCCGUCUUCUCUCAGAGCUCUUAUAACGUUUAUUUGAAAGAGAACGACGUCGCGGGCGCCAUCCUGCUCUCGGUGUCGGCCGGCGACCCGGACGCCGGCCAGAACGCCAAAGUGUCCUACUCCCUGCUGGAGAGCAAAGCGGCCGAGGCGCCGGCGGCGUCGUCGUACGUUUACGUCAACUCGGAGAACGGCAGCAUCUACAGCAUGCGCUCGUUCGACUACGAGAAAGUCAAAGUGUUUGAGGUCGGGGUGGAGGCCAAGGACCGGGGCUCUCCGUCUCUCAGCGGCAACGCCACCGUCCACGUUUUCAUCCUGGACCAGAACGACAACGCCCCCGCCGUCAUCUACCCCUCCCCCCACGCCGCCUCCCACCUGAGGGCGCCCCGCUCGGCCAAGGCGGGCCACCUGCUCACCAAGGUGACGGCCGUGGACGCCGACUCGGGCCACAACGCCUGGAUCUCCUACAAAGUGGCGGAGGCCACGGACGCCUCUCUGUUCGCGCUCAGUUUGUACACGGGGGAGGUGAGGACCAAACGCGCCGUGUCCGAGCACGACGACUCCUCCCAGAGGCUGAUCGUGGCGGUCGAGGACGACGGGGAACCGGUCCGCUCGGCCACCGUCACGCUGUCCAUCCUGCUGGAGGACGCCGUGAGCGAGCCCGCCUCGGAGCCGCUCGGGCGCGACUCGCCGUCCGAGCCCCGCGAGAAAGGCGGCGGCGGCGGCGGCAGAAUCACGCUUUACUUGAUCGUGUCUCUGGCCUCGGUGUCCGUGCUGUCUCUGCUCACGUUGCUCGCCUUGGCCGUCAAAUGCGCCAGGAGCGGCGCCGCUCGCUGCUCGGGCGUCGGACGCACGCGCUGCGAGCGGGACGGGAAGCCCGACGGAAAUCUGCACAUUCAGCUCAACGCCGACGGACCCAUCAAGUACGUGGAGGUUCUGGGAGGAGACGUCAUGUCUCAGAGUCACUCCUUCAGGUCCUGCAUGUCUCCCGUGUCAGAGUACAGCGAUUUCACGCUGCUCAAGCCCAGCAGCACCGCCGACUUCAAGGAGGUCAUCGGCGUGCUGGAUGCCUCUUUGCCGGACAGCGCCUGGACCUUCGAGAGCCAGCAGGUGAGCCGACGAUUCGCUUUGCCAACGACGACCGCUUGCGGCGCUCUGGCUGCCCGCCGUGCGCAUUUUCACAACGUUUCUCUCCCGCAGUUGGUGAUCUGUUGCCGUUGA